UUAGUAACUGGUAAUUACCUGACUAACGCAGGUAGCUAGCCUUAACCAAUCAAGGGAUUCAGGUUGAUAGGCUGCUCAGACAUAAUCAAAAUACACGCUGUAUGCGGGGGGACCUUUAAACAGUCUACCGUGGGGAGGACUAGCUAAUCUGGAGACCGAAGGCAUCUGAGCGGAGAAACAGCAGCAGAGUCUCCCACGACCAAGAAACGGUGCCACGACGCUUCAAUUUAAUUAUCCAAUUUUGGUGUAUGUCGUGUGACCACACUGACGGGAUGCCUCGUGGGGAAUUCAACAUUUACUUCGCCAGUAGACGCGGUGGCUUCGUCAGAGCUGAAGAAGCGGUAGGGGUUGCUCUGCUCGUCAUCAUCAUAGCAGCUCUCCUGAUCGUGACAUGCUGGUACUUCAGGAGACGAAAGGGCUAUCAAGUCCUCAGAAACCCCAGGUCUGGAUCCCCGGGGUACACAGGAGGUCAAUACAGCGACGCCUCUGCUGAUAACAAGAUGGCCCUUGUUGAAUGUGGCAGCAUGGGUCUCGUGGUCCCCAAUGCCCCUCCUGCCUACGAGAAGCUCACAGACGGACCUCUGCCUCCCCCCUACUCUCCCUGAUGGCCUCCAGCUUCUGAAAGCCGUUGUACAUCUAAACUGAAAUUACAUGUUUCAUUGACCCGAUUUCAUGGUACUUUUGCAUUGCUGCCUGGUUGAUAUGAUCAAGGCUACUAAUGAUCCAUUUUCUGUAUACGAAAUAUGGAAUACAUUAUCAAACGUCACAAUAUGGGCCUACUGCCAAAUCUUUUUCAAAGAACCAGCCUUAAAGGUGACAUAUUAUACCACCAGGCGUUAGCCGUUACAAGCAGUUUCGAAAAUCGGCCUCUUCUGACAUCUGACAAGUGGGCGUGUCCACCUAGAUGUGUGCUGGAUAGAUCAGUCUACCAGUCUACCCAUGGGACUGUAGCAAAUGUUGCUCAUCUAUCCCUCAUACAUCUAGGUGGACACGCCCACUUUUGAUUUCAGAAGAGGCAGAUUUUCAAUACGGCUUGUAACGGCUAAACACACUCACACCUGGUGAUAUGUCACCUUUAACUGAAGCAAUCCACCAUACACUGGUAGGGGUACAAUUGCAUGGUUUAUUUGAAUGCAGAAAUGUCCUCAUGUAUCAAAUGAAAAUGUAUUUACUAAAUAUUUCUGAAAAAUCUAUAUGGUAGAAAUAAAUAAAUGGAAGUCCAAAACACUGUUUAAAUGCUCCAACAUGUCUUACAAAGUCGUUGAUUAAUUUGAGAAUCCUAAAAAGCAAGAUUUAUUUUACAAAGUUAUUCUUUUGGAAAUAAAAAAUACAAUUAAGACAACUUUAACUGAUGGAUACACUAGAAAAUUGUGAUACCAAUCGAUGUCAACGUCACAGUCAAUAAAUAUCAUG